AUGGGGCGGCUGUUCUUGUUGACCUCAAUGCUGACAGUGGAGGUGACCACCUGGCUCAUCAUGAUUAUAGCCACUGACAGCUCAGAAGCAAGUAACUGCUCUGACUGUCACAGCAACGCCACCUGCGUGUUGGACGGGGUGGCCACGACGUGCUCCUGCCAGGCGGGCUUCACCGGCAAUGGCUUCCUGUGCGUGGACCUGGACGAGUGCGUCACACCGGAGGCCAACAACUGCUCGGCCCUCAGCAGCUGCGUGAAUACGCCGGGCUCCUACGCCUGCGUCUGUCCCGCCGGCUACCGCCUGACCCCCGGGCGCGGCUGCGUCGACGUGGACGAGUGCGCCGAGCCCGGGCUCAGCCGUUGCCACGCCCUGGCCACCUGUGUCAAUGUCGAGGGUAACUACUCGUGCGUGUGCCCCGCGGGCUACGGCGGGGAUGGGUGGCAAUGCGAGUGCGGCCCAGGCACCUGCGGGCCGGAGCUGGACUGCUUGCCAGCAGAGGGCGGCGCGCGCGUGUGCGCCGAUCCGUGCCAGGAGCACCUCACCCUGGACGAGUACUGGCGCAGCGCCGAGUACUGGGCGGGCUACACCUGCGACUUGGGCCUGAGCGGCUGGUACCGCUUCGUGGGCCAGGGCGGCGUGCGCCUGCCCGAGACCUGCGUGCCCGUGCUGCGCUGCAACACAGCCGCGCCCAUGUGGCUCAAUGGCACGCACCCGUCCAGCGACGAGGGCAUCGUGAACCGCACGGCCUGCGCACACUGGAGCGGCCACUGCUGCCUGUGGGACGCCCCAGUCCAGGUGAAGGCCUGCACCGGCGGCUACUACGUCUACAACCUAUCGCCUCCCCCCGAGUGCCAUCUGGCCUACUGCACAGACCCCAGGUCCGUGGAGGGGACGUGUGAGGAGUGCAGCAUAGAAGAGGACUGCAUAUCGGAUAAUGGCAGAUGGUACUGCCAGUGUAAACAGGACUUCAACAUCUCAGAUAUCUCCCAUCUGGAACCCAGGCUGCAGUGUGGGGCCAAUGACAUCAAGGUGUCCCUGGGAAAGUGCCAGCUGGAGAGCCUGGGCUUUGAGAAGAUCUACAUGUACCUACAGGACAAUCAGUGCUUGGGCUUCAACGAGAGGAGUGACAGAGACUGGGUGUCUGUAGUGACCCCAACCCAGGAUGGUCCCUGUGGGACUGUGAUGACGAGGAAUGAAACCCACGCCACAUACAGCAACACCCUCUACCUGGCAGACGAGAUCAUCAUCCGCGACCUCAACAUCAAGAUCAACUUUGCGUGCUCCUACCCCCUGGACAUGAAAGUCAGCCUGCAGACCUCCCUGCAGCCAAUGGUCAGUUCCCUGAACAUCAGCGUGGGCGGGACAGGCAUGUUCAUCGUGCGGAUGGCCCUCUUCCAGACCCCUGCCUACACACUGCCCUACCAAGGCUCUACUGUGGCGCUGUCCACAGAGGCCUUUCUCUAUGUGGGCACCAUACUGGAUGGGGGCGACUUGUCCCGCUUUGCACUGCUGAUGACCAACUGCUAUGCCACGCCCAGCAGCAACUCCACAGACCCCGUGAAGUACUUCAUUAUCCGGGACAGUUGUCCACGCACCCAGGACUCAACCAUCCAAGUGGUGGAGAACGGCGAGUCCCCUCAGGGCCGGUUUUCCGUCCAGAUGUUCCGAUUUGCUGGAAACUAUGACCUGGUCUACCUGCACUGUGAAGUGUACCUCUGUGACACCGUGAAUGAGAAGUGCAAGCCGACCUGCUCCGGGACCAGAUUUCACAGUGGGGGCCCCAUAGACCAAACCCGUGUCCUGAACUUGGGCCCCAUCACUCGGAAAAAUGUCCAGGCCAUAGUGUCCAGGGCUGCUCCCGGCUGCUCAGGGCUCCUGAAGACCUGGUUGCUUCUGUUUCUGUCGGCCACUUUGACCCUGAUGUCUCAAUGA